UGGUGAGAUUCCUUUCACAUCUCUUCUUUACACUUCGAUCCCAGUUGAAAAAAUUGGUUCUUGGAUGUGGUGGCUCAGUCCCUUUUGUUUUGUAAUUUGUGGGUUUCUUAGUUUGUGAAGAAUUUUUUAUCAAAGAUUUAAUCAUGAUUGUUGUUGGGGGAAAUCGGAGAUUUGUUUGAUUAAUUUAUAAAGGAACGCAUGUUGUUUGAGAGGCUGAGAAUUGUUGCCUUAGAUCCAUGAAACCCGUAUUCCAUGUGGCAAAAAGUUGGCAUCUUUCGAGGGUUUUUUCUUGUGAAUCUUUUUUCCGAGGUUGUUUUUUCUCACGAGUUCUGUUUCUUGGAUUUGGAUAAGGGUUUGGUAAUUUGUCCUUUUCUGCGUCUCUUGAAUUAUAUUAGAGGGGGUUGUGAUUUCGUGUUGUGGAGGAAGAAUUCGUGAGCUCUGGAUAUCAGAUUCUUGAAAAAAAAUCAUCGUUUGUUAGGUUUUUCGUGAGGCUGGAUAUCGGCUUGUUUAGUUCUUGAAUCGGGGCAUUUCAAGCUCGUGAUCUGGCUAAUGCAUGUAUUCGAGAAUCCCCAAGGUUCAGUUAGGAGGUCGUGUAGCCUCGAGGAAGGAAAUUGAUGGACGGAAUGUGUCCAGCAAUUGCGGUUACAGUUAGCUUAGGUAGUAGUCCUGCGUGUGAAACUCACAAGGAGACCGCACGGCUCAAGCUGGAGACGGAGGCAGCAAUGGUGCUGGAUGAUAAUUCUUGUUCUAGUUUGGAUAAUGAUGUCUCGGUAAUGCCGGGAGUAGGUGAGGCGAAACAUGAUCUGUCACAGACGAGGCGGAUAGCUGAAAACGGUCAGUUCGGUAGUGAUGUUCAGGAAAGUGAGGAAGACGAAGUCCUCUCUAUCGGGGAAGACCCUAACUUUAGUAGUGUGGAGUUGCUACCCUUAGAUUCUAGCUCCAAUCUAAGCGUGCCUUUAGACACCGCACCGGAGUCCAGCUUACCCAUUGCCGUCGAGAUUGAGGGUGUUGAUAAUGGUCAGAUAGUUGCAAAAGUCAUUAGUGUGGAAGAGAGAAACACAAAGCAGAGGCUAUCUCACGAUGCCCUCGCAGUAGCCACUAGACAAGAUGAGGAGUGUUCAAGCGGGCCUACUAUAAAGGCUUCAGUAGUUUCUCUCAAGCUAUCCGGUGAAAAAGAUCCCAGCAAAGGUGGGGUUAAGAGUGUCUAUGAGCUUGAUUGUCUGCCUCUUUGGGGUUCGGUGUCUAUCAUUGGACAUAGGCCGGAGAUGGAAGAUGCUAUCGUGGCUGUUCCUCAUUUCAUGAAAAUCCCCAUCAAGAUGUUCAUUGGGGACUAUAAGAUAGACGGGAUAAGUCAAACUCUGACUCACCUCACUUCACACUUUUUCGGGGUAUACGAUGGCCAUGGUGGAUCUCAGGUGGCAAAUUAUUGUCGUGAGCGUCUCCAUUUAGCUUUAAAAGACGAGAUAAUAAAUGUCAAAGAUAAUCUGGUUAAUGGGAGCACCCAAGCCUCCCAAGAUGCUCGACAGGUGCAAUGGGAUAAGGUCUUCAACGAUUGCUUUUUGAAGGUCGAUGGUGAGGUCAGUGGGAAGGUGAGCCGAGCCAUCCCUGUAGAAGAUGCAAAAGUGUCUAAUUGCGCCUCUGAACCCGUUGCCCCUGAAACUGUUGGAUCCACAGCGGUUGUUGCUGUCGUUUGUUCAUCCCAUAUUAUAGUUGCAAACUGUGGAGAUUCGAGGGCUGUCCUUUACCGUGGUAAAGAACCAAUCACACUAUCGGUCGACCAUAAACCAAAUCGGGAGGAUGAAUAUGCUAGGAUCGAGGCGGCUGGUGGCAAAGUCAUACAAUGGAACGGACACCGUGUUUUUGGUGUUCUCGCGAUGUCACGGUCUAUCGGCGACAGAUACUUGAAGCCAUGGAUCAUACCGGAACCCGAGGUGAUGUUCGUCCCUCGAGCUAGGGAAGACGAGUGUCUUGUCCUCGCCAGCGAUGGCUUGUGGGAUGUGAUGACGAACGAGGAAGUGUGCGACCUGGCACGGAAACGGAUCUUGAUCUGGCACAAGAAGAACGGGACGAACCCGACUGUGGACCGGGGCCAGGGAGUCGACCCUGCGGCACAAGCAGCAGCGGAGUACCUCUCGAACGUUGCCCUGCACCGAGGUAGCAAGGACAAUAUAUCGAUCAUCGUUGUCGAUCUCAAAGCUCAAAGGAAGUUCAAGAGCAAAUCUUGAAGCCCAGGUACUGAUAUAGUAGUCUCUUUUUAUACAGCACAAUAUAUAUUAUCUCAUUAUUACAUAACUUGUCCAUUUAUUUUUCAUAUGGGCUUGAGUUGUUUAUGAGAAUAUAGUGUAUCAGUAAUGUAACAUAGAUGCAAUAUGAGAAAUGACCUUUGUAUGAAUUUUUGGCUACGAUCAAAAUUCUGUAUAAAUCUUAAUAUAUUUUGCUCCCUUAAUAUAUACUGAUGUAUGAUUUUACUUCA